UCUCAUUUCUCCUUUUUUGACUUUGAUUGCAACAACUUUUCUUUUUUCUUCUCACUCUUCACCUUUCUUCUCUCUCACCCUUUACUUCACAUGCUUAGCUAAGCCCGAAUUUUUCUUCCCAAACCCUAAAUUCCAUGUUUGAGCACUACCCAUUUUAGCUGAAUUUCAUAAUCAUGCUGUUUCUGUCUCAAUCCGCUGCAGUAAAAGAGUGGAAUCAGUUCCGGGUUUGAUGCAUGCGGUGUAGCUAAUAGGAGGACGCCAUGGAAGGGGACGAGCAUAAGGUGGUAUUAGCGUGUGUGAUAUCAGGGUCGCUCUUCUCGGUGCUUGGCUCCGCCUCGUUUUUCAUACUAUGGGCUGUGAACUGGCGCCCAUGGCGGAUUUAUAGUUGGAUAUUCGCUAGAAAGUGGCCAAAUAUCUUGCAAGGACCUCAGCUAGAUCUGUUAUGUGGUUUUCUCUCUUUAUCUGCAUGGAUACUAGUUAUUUCUCCCAUCGUGGUGCUGAUCAUAUGGGGCUGCUGGUUGAUUGUAAUAUUGGGUCGAGAUAUAAUUGGUCUAGCUGUAUUAAUGGCUGGCACCGCUCUUCUAUUGGCAUUUUAUUCAAUUAUGCUCUGGUGGAGAACACAAUGGCAAAGCUCAAGGGCAGUUGCUAUUCUUCUUCUUUUGGCGGUUGCUCUUCUCUGUGCAUACGAACUUUGUGCUGUAUAUGUUACAGCUGGUUCUAGUGCAUCUGAGCGUUAUUCACCCUCUGGUUUCUUUUUUGGUAUAUCAGCAAUUGCCUUAGCGAUCAACAUGCUCUUCAUUUGUCGGAUGGUCUUUAAUGGAAAUGGAUUAGAUGUGGAUGAAUAUGUGCGGAGGGCAUACAAGUUUGCAUAUUCUGAUUGUAUAGAAGUGGGUCCCUUGGCUUCUUUACCCGAACCACCUGAUCCUAAUGAAUUGUAUCCUCGCCAAUCUAUCAGGGCUUCACAUCUUGGGCUUCUUUAUGUUGGUUCAGUUGUAGUACUUGUAGCCUACUCUAUUUUAUAUGGCCUUACUGCUAAGGAAUCACGAUGGCUUGGUGCCAUUACUUCUGCUGCUGUUAUCAUUCUUGAUUGGAAUAUAGGGGCAUGCUUGUACGGGUUCCGGCUGUUAAGAAGUGGUGUUUUAGCACUUUUUGUGGCUGGCAUGUCUCGUGUUUUCCUCAUUUGCUUUGGAGUUCAUUACUGGUAUCUGGGACAUUGUAUUAGUUAUGCAGUUGUAGCUUCUGUGCUAUUGGGUGCUGCUGUGAUGCGUCAUCUCUCAGCGACAGAUCCAUUUGCUGCUAGGAGGGAUGCCUUACAGAGCACUGUGAUUCGGUUGAGAGAGGGUUUCCGCAGGAAAGAACCAAAUAGUUCAUCAAGCUCGUCAGAUGGUUGUGGUUCAAGUAUGAAACGCAGUAGUAGUGUUGAAGCUGGUCACCUUGGUAAUGGUGUUGAAACUACUAACAAGAGUGGGGCAGCAGUUCAAUGUACUGUUGAUGCUAAUAUUUGGAAUGGUGUCUUAUGUCGAACUGGUAGUUCCCAAGAGGGGAUUAGCAGUGAUAAGAGCAUGGAUAGUGGUCGGCCAAGUUUAGCUUUGCGAAGUAGUUCUUGUCGUUCUAUCAUCCAAGAGUCUGAUGUGGCAACAUCUUUCAUGGAUAAAAAUUUUGAUCAUCAUAGUUCCUUGGUGGUUUGUUCUAGUAGUGGGCUUGAUAGCCAAGGUUGUGAAUCUAGCACGUCAACUUCUGCAAACCAACAAACACUGGAUUUGAAUUUGGCUCUGGCAUUGCAGGAAAGGUUGAGUGAUCCAAGGAUUACAUCUAUGUUGAAGAGAAGCUCUAGACAAGGGGAUCGUGAAUUGGCUAGUUUAUUGCAAAAUAAAGGUUUGGAUCCUAAUUUUGCAAUGAUGUUGAAGGAAAAGAGCUUAGAUCCAACUAUCCUAGCAUUACUUCAAAGGAGUAGUUUAGAUGCGGACAGAGAGCAUCAAGAUAAUACUGAUAUUACCAUCAUUGAUUCAAACAGUGUUGACAACAUGUUGCCCAAUCAAAUCUCUCUGUCUGAAGAACUGAGACUUCAUGGGCUUGAAAAGUGGCUUCAGUUCUCCAGACUUGUACUACACAAUGUAGCAGGGACCCCAGAACGGGCAUGGGUUAUCUUUAGUCUAGUCUUCAUAAUUGAAACAAUCAUUGUGGCCAUAUUCCGUCCAAAAACUAUUAACAUUAUAAAUGGAACACAUCAACAGUUUGAAUUCGGUUGUGCUGUGUUACUACUAUCUCCUGUUGUCUGUUCAAUCACUGCUUUCCUCCAGUCACUGCAAGCGGAAGAAAUGGCAAUGACCUCAAAACCUCAAAAGUAUGGGUUCAUAGCUUGGCUGCUCAGCACUUCUGUGGGGCUUUUACUUUCUUUCUUGAGCAAGUCAUCGGUUCUUUUAGGGCUGUCCUUAACAGUUCCGCUCAUGGUAGCUUGUCUUUCUCUUGCCAUUCCUAUAUGGAUCAGAAAUGGGUACCAGUUUUGGAUUCCACGAGUACAAUGCAUGGGUUCUGGAGGAAACCAUCGAACUAUUGUAACAAAGGAGGGUAUUGUUCUUGUGAUUUGUAUGUCACUGUUUUCUGGAUCCGUGAUAGCGCUUGGUGCUAUUGUGUCUGCCAAGCCUCUUGAUGAUUUACGCUACAAGGGGUGGACUGGUGAUGACAAAAGCUUGUCAUCGCCUUAUGCUACAUCUGUGUAUCUUGGCUGGGCAAUAGCAUCUGUAAUUUCUUUAGUUGUCACUGGUGUGCUGCCAAUAGUUUCGUGGUUCUCGACGUACCGGUUUUCUUUCUCUUCUGCAGUUUGUGUUGCCAUAUUCACAGUUGUUCUUGUCAUGUUUUGUGGUGCAUCAUAUUUGGAGGUUGUGAAAUCAAGAGUUGAAGAGGUUCCUACAAAUGGAGAUUUCCUUGCUGCCUUGCUUCCGCUAGUGUGCAUUCCUGCUUUGCUCUCUCUCUGCUCUGGAUUAUAUAAAUGGAAAGAUGAUGGCUGGAGGCUUUCUCAAGGUGUAUAUGCAUUUCUUUUCAUUGGGCUCCUCCUGCUACUUGGUGCUAUAUCAGCUGUUAUAGUUGUAGUUAAACCCUGGACGAUUGGGGCAGCAUUUCUUUUGGUGCUUCUUAUGAUUGUGCUAGCAAUUGGCUCUGUCCACCAUUGGGCUUCAAACAAUUUCUAUUUGACGAGGACCCAAAUGUUUUUUGUUUGUUUCCUUGCUUUUAUUUUGGCUUUGGCAGCAUUUCUUGUUGGAUGGUUUGAAGGUAAACCAUUUGUGGGAGCUUCUGUUGGUUAUUUCUUAUUCUUAUUUCUUCUGGCGGGAAGAGCAUUAACUGUUCUUCUCUCACCUCCAAUUGUAGUCUAUUCUCCAAGAGUUCUUCCUGUAUAUGUUUAUGAUGCUCAUGCAGAUUGUGGGAAGAAUGUCAGUGCUGCAUUUCUUGUGCUUUAUGGGAUAGCGUUAGCAACUGAAGGCUGGGGUGUUGUUGCGAGUUUGAUUAUUUAUCCACCAUUUGCUGGAGCUGCUGUAUCUGCAAUUACUCUUGUUGUAUCCUUUGGUUUUGCUGUCUCUCGUCCAUGUUUAACUCUCAAGAUGAUGCAAGAUGCGGUUCACUUCCUCAGCAAGGAAACUGUUAUUCAAGCAAUUUCUCGGUCUGCCACCAAGACUCGAAAUGCUUUGUCUGGAACAUAUUCAGCUCCACAGAGAUCUGCUAGUUCUGCAGCUCUCCUCGUUGGUGAUCCUACUGUCAUGCGUGAUAGGGCAGGAAAUUUUGUGCUUCCAAGGGCAGAUGUUAUGAAACUAAGAGAUCGUUUGAGAAAUGAGGAGUUAGUUGCUGGAUCAUUCUUCUGUAGACUGAGAUAUAGGAGGGCAUUUUUUCAUGAGUCAACUAACGAUGUUGACCACAGAAGGCAAAUGUGUGCUCAUGCUCGUAUUUUGGCUUUGGAAGAAGCAAUUGAUACAGAAUGGGUAUACAUGUGGGACAAAUUUGGUGGCUAUUUACUUCUUUUGCUUGGUUUGACUGCUAAAGCUGAGCGAGUUCAAGAUGAGGUUCGGUUAAGACUUUUUCUUGAUAGCAUAGGCUUUUCAGACCUGAGUGCUAAGAAAAUAAAAAAGUGGAUGCCUGAGGACCAUAGGCAGUUUGAAAUCAUUCAGGAGAGUUAUAUAAGGGAAAAAGAAAUGGAAGAAGAAAUCUUAAUGCAAAGACGUGAGGAGGAGGGAAGAGGUAAAGAAAGAAGAAAGGCUUUACUGAAGAAAGAAGAGCGUAAGUGGAAGGAAAUUGAAGCUUCUCUCAUGUCCUCUAUUCCAAAUGCUGGUGGUCGAGAAGCUGCUGCCAUGGCUGCUGCAGUGCGUGCAGUUGGUGGUGAUUCUGUGCUUGAGGAUUCUUUUGCUCGAGAAAGGGUGUCAAGCAUUGCUCGCAGGAUUCGAGUAGCGCAGUUAGCUCGUCGUGCAGUUCAGACAGGAAUUCUUGGUGCUGUCUGUGUACUUGAUGAUGAGCCAACAGGAAGUGGCAAGCAUUGUGGUCAGAUUGAUGCUAGUUUAUGUCAAAGUCGAAAAAUCAGCGUUUCAAUUGCUGUGUUGAUUCAGCCAGAGUCAGGCCCUGUUUGUCUGUUAGGUACUGAGUAUCAGAAGAAGAUUUGCUGGGAAUUUCUGGUGGCUGGUUCUGAACAAGGCAUUGAAGCUGGUCAAGUUGGUCUCAGAUUGAUUACUAAAGGUGACAGACAAUCUACCGUAACAAAGGAGUGGAGCAUAAGUGCAACCAGUAUUGCUGAUGGAAGGUGGCAUAUUGUAACUAUGACCAUUGAUGCUGAUUUGGGAGAAGCAACUUGCUAUUUAGAUGGUGGGUUUGAUGGCUACCAAACUGGGUUGCCAUUAAAUGUGGGCGAUAACAUUUGGGAGCAAGGGACAGAAAUUUGGGUUGGUGUUAGGCCCCCCACAGACAUUGAUAUAUUUGGGAGAUCAGACAGUGAAGGAGCUGAGUCCAAGAUGCACAUAAUGGAUGUCUUUCUCUGGGGAAGGAGCUUAACAGAAGAUGAAAUUGCUGCCCUCCAUGCUGCUAUUAGCUCCACAGACUUUAAUAUGAUUGACUUCACCGAAGAUAAUUGGGAGUGGGCAGAUUCACCCUCUAGAGUUGAUGAGUGGGAUAGUGAUCCUGCAGAUGUUGAUCUGUAUGAUAGGGAUGAUGUGGAUUGGGAUGGGCAGUAUUCAAGUGGAAGGAAAAGAAGAUUGGAGCGUGAAGGAGUGGUAGUUGAUGUGGAUUCUUUCACAAGGAAAUUUAGGAGACCUCGAAUGGAAACGUGUCAGGAAAUUAACCAACGAAUGCUUUCUGUAGAAUUGGCUGUUAAAGAAGCCCUCUCUGCGAGGGGAGAAAUGCAUUUUACUGAUGAGGAGUUUCCUCCAAAUGAUGAGUCCUUGUACGUGGAUCCAAAGAAUCCACCUUCUAAACUGCAGGUUGUUUCUGAGUGGAUGAGGCCUGUUGAGUUAGUAAAAGAGGGCAGAAUAGAUUCUCAGCCUUGCUUAUUUUCUGAGGCUGCCAAUCCAUCUGAUGUUUGUCAGGGACGAUUGGGUGAUUGUUGGUUCUUAAGUGCUGUUGCUGUAUUAACAGAGGCUUCCAAAAUUUCUGAAGUGAUUAUUACUCCACAGUAUAAUGACGAGGGGAUCUAUACAGUUCGCUUCUGUAUUCAGAGUGAGUGGGUCCCUGUGGUCGUUGAUGAUUGGAUCCCAUGUGAAUCACCGGGGAAACCUGCAUUUGCUACUAGUAGGAAAGGUAAUGAGCUUUGGGUGUCCAUAUUGGAGAAGGCGUAUGCCAAAUUACAUGGGUCUUAUGAAGCAUUAGAGGGCGGUCUAGUUCAGGAUGCUCUUGUUGAUCUUACUGGAGGUGCUGGUGAGGAGAUCGACAUGAGGAGUGCCCAGGCCCAGAUUGAUCUAGCUAGUGGUAGGCUAUGGUCUCAAUUGUUGCGCUUUAAACAAGAGGGAUUUUUACUUGGUGCUGGCAGUCCAUCAGGAUCGGAUGUGCAUGUUUCCUCUAGUGGCAUUGUGCAAGGACAUGCCUAUUCAUUGCUACAGGUAAGAGAGGUUGAUGGGCACAAGCUUAUUCAAAUACGAAAUCCAUGGGCCAAUGAAGUUGAGUGGAAUGGUCCUUGGGCUGAUUCUUCCCCUGAAUGGACUGAUAGGAUGAAGCACAAGCUGAAGCACAUUCCACAGUCGAAAGAUGGAAUAUUCUGGAUGUCAUGGCAAGAUUUUCAGAUUCACUUUCGAUCGAUAUAUGUUUGUCGAAUCUAUCCUACAGAGAUGCGCUAUUCUGUCCAUGGCCAGUGGAGAGGUUAUAGUGCUGGUGGUUGUCAAGAUUAUGAUACAUGGCAUCAAAAUCCACAAUUUCGAUUGAGAGCUUCUGGGCCAGAUGCAUCAUAUCCUGUACAUGUUUUCAUCACCUUAACCCAGGGUGUAAGCUUCUCUAGGACUGCAGCUGGUUUCAGGAACUAUCAAUCAAGUCAUGAUUCAAUGAUGUUCUACAUUGGAAUGAGAAUACUGAAAACCCGUGGACGUCGAGCUGCUUACAAUAUUUACCUGCACGAAUCUGUUGGGGGCACAGACUAUGUCAAUUCCCGUGAAAUAUCAUGUGAGAUGGUUCUGGAACCCGAUCCAAAGGGUUACACAAUUGUGCCUACGACGAUACACCCAGGCGAAGAAGCACCAUUUGUUCUGUCUGUCUUCACAAAAGCAUCGAUAACCUUGGAUGUCUUAUAGCACAUGUGAUCACUCUCUUCAGCUGGUUUUAUCACGUGAGGUGAGAAUGCCUAUGUGCAUCACCGACAUAUCGAGUAGCUUGGGCUGGCGGCAGUCUGUUUUCUGCUUCUGGGGUUUCAUUGACCUUGACCUUAUUAAUCACUGCGAGAUCACCUGUUUGCAAUGUCAUACAAUCUCAGCCUCAAAGCAAUCACCCUUCUGGGUCAGCAAUUUGGUAGAUUUAUGCCGCCACAGUCGCAAAUCCGUUAUCAGCUAAAAGCACAAACACGGUAUAGUGAAUGAGCUGCGGUUUCGUUUUCUGAUUUUGUGGGACGAAGAUGCUGAAGAAAUGGUGCAAAAUUGACAUUCUGAGUAUCACGAGUACAUCAGGUACUUCUGUCAAUCUUGUAUGUAUAUAGGUAGAUUUUGUAUUUAACUAAUAUAAUGUAAAUUUCUUUCUAUUUUUUCCCUUUUUCGGAUGGAGGGGCGAAAAAGUAAUAGGAAACACAAAUUAGCAUUUAGCAGAGCUAAGUCAAUUUGGGGAAUAUAGAGAAAAGCAGUGCAGCUGGUAAUGCUAUGGCUUCCAGCUGCAGUUUUGAAAGCUUUAAUAGUCGGAACAUCAUCCAGUUCAACUGUACAAAAAUGCUUUAUUUUUUCAAUAUAAUCUUCGAUUUUUAUAUUCGAGUAUCGUAGAC